GGCGUGGUGCUGACUGUUUGUGUGUGAAACGAAACCUAUGCACUCCGUCUGGAUUCUUCAGCAGAGAGAAUCGGGGAAAUAAGCAUACUCUGUCACUAGAAGACGGCAAAAUCAUAAACUAUGGCAAGGAUUGAAGACAAAAAAGCCGAUGUGAAUUCUCUCAUAGGAGACAAUGCCGGUUAUACAAUAGACACACAGAAAAUGCCUUGGUCCUCAUCACCUUACAGAGGUUAUACAAAAGACAUACAGAAAAAGCUAAAGUCUUUCUUUACAUCACCUUGCACAGUGCGCUUCCUGGUUGUCCUGAUUCUUAUCCUGCUGUCUGUGAUAACCGUAUUGGCCGUCCAAGUCUGCCCUGUCAGGAAUACUGAUGAACGGAUUACAGAUUAUGAACGGUUAACAGAUGAUGAACGGAUAACUAUUAUAAAUGAAGCCAGGAACCAGAACCCUGUCCCAUGUGAAGAUGACUGGAUCUGGUACCGGGGAAAGUGCUACUACUUCACUAACAAAACUGAUACAUGGGACAACAGCCAGGAAUUCUGUAUGUCACAUAAUGCAUCACUGGCGCUUAUAGAUAAUCAGAAGGAACUGGAUUUUUUGGUCUGGGGUAAAUGUUUAGACAAUUACUGGAUCGGUCUGAGACGUACAGAAGAUAAUAAAGCCUGGAUUUGGACAAAUGGAACAUUAUACAACGAAAGCCUAUUCAAAAUCGAAGGAUCAUCACAAGAAAAUGAAUGUGUUUUCUUAAAUCAUGAUGCUGUAAGAAGUAAGACAGGAACUGUGAAAUACAGAUGGAUAUGUAACAAGUAGUGUGCCCUCUGGAUAAUGCAAAAGCACAUUAUUGGAUGGUCACAGCUGUCAAUGGCUUUUUAAAAAAAAUUAUUAUUAUUAUUAUUAUCAUCUGUUAUCAAAAUAUCAGUAUUUACAGUAUUACUUUUUUUGUCGUCUUAAAAUAUAAGCUGUUUUCACAAAAUGAAUUAAAUAUAAAAUUCCAUAAAGUUGACAAAUGCCUUUCAAGUAAGGUAUCCUGGUCGACAUAUUAAAGAAAGCAAAGCAGUACCCGAAACAGUGUCCAAGGAUACUAAUAGGAAAAUGAAAAACAUUAACCAUUUAUGACCUAGUGAGGAACUUCACACAUAUGAGACAUAUAUUGAACAUUACCUGUGCCUCGCCGGACUUGUGAAAAAAGAUGGCAGCCUGGAUAUGUUCGCGAGCAAACAAUGCGAACUGGCCACCACUGGUCCUGAGUUCUGUGUCAGUUUGGUGGAUGUCUCCAGUGCUAUUACCUGCCCUGUUUGAGCAACUUUCUUGUCUCUCGUCUCUUUCUUGUUUGUUCUGUUUGGAGUUUGUCUGUGCCCUAGUUAUAGUCAUUGUCCUAGUCCAUAGAUUGUGUGGAUUGUUCUGUUUGUCACAGUCUGAAUUAUGUCUUGGUUCAUUUGUCUGAUCUGUGUCUCAGUCUGAAUUCUGUUCUGUUCCGUGUGUUGUCUUGAUUCCAUCCUAGUUCUUCUCCGAUCAGUCUUGCCUAGUUUCUGUAUGUGUCUGCUGUUUCCAAAGGUCCAAGUUCCUGAAGUUUGUCCAAGUGCAUGACGUUCAUAUGUCUGGGUUCCUGAUCUAUUUGUCUGCCUGUGCUCUGUGUCUUGUCUUAUGCCUGUGAUUUGAGUUUGCCUUGGAUUUUCCUGCAUUGAAUCGUACAAAGGCUGUGUCUCUGGUGCUUUGCACUAGUAUUUAUGACCCCAGUAGGUCAGCUGCCCAGUACACUGGGACCAUCCCAGGAGGUAGCGGUCUGGUCACUAACUCACAGUGAAGUCAACAUCUCUCUACAAGAGUUAAAGAAUAAAUUUGCUUUCCUUUAGUCCAAAUGCAGCACACACAAAGGGUUAAUGUCUUGCUCCUUUCAUCUAGGACAGAAGACAAAUCAUUAGUAAAUCACCCUAAUUAACUACCCCUAUAAAGUAGUGCACACCCACUAGGACUAGGAACACAUGUUUUUUCCAAGCAAUUCCUUUAUUAGGGAUGGAUAUCUGUGCUGCCUUUGGACUCAAGGAAAGAUCCAUUUCAAUAAGCAAAUUUAUUCUUUCCUUAUAUUAAGAAGGAUAUUAAGAAGCAGAGUUAAACAAGAGGCGGAUUAGAAGUUGCUGCCUUAAUAAGCCCUUGUCUGUAAAAAGGCUGAGUCGCAAGCAGCAGAUACAUCUAGUUUGUAAUGUUUUUGGAAAGGUGCUUGGAGAAGACCAUGUAGCAACCCUGCAGAUUUGAUUGAAUGACACUUUCUUUUUUUCUUGCCCAAGCGACUAAGUGGACCGAGUUGAGUGUGCUGUAACUCCACCUGGUAACUGGAGUACUUCAGAUAAAAAAGUAGACUUAGGCCCCCUGCACACGAACACAGUCCGGGCAGCCACAGCGGAUCGCGGACCCAUUAACUUGAAUGGGUCCACGAUCCG